UAACCGUCACCACCACCACCACCACCACCACCACCAUCACCACCGUCACAAUGGAGCCAGACGUGAGCAUCGAAACCUGCUCCAUGAUCCGGAUCGUCGUCCUCCCAAUCGGACCAAUCCACCCUAACCACUUCCGUAAAUACGUCACAAUGCUUUCCCGCCACCGCACCGUUGAACUCUCGGCAAUAAGCUCAUUCUACACCGCACGUAAAAAGUCACCGUUCACGCAACAACCGUGGGAUUCCGGCAGCCUCCGGUUCAAAUACGUGGUCGGUGAAUCCGCACCGAGUCCGUGGGAGGAUUUCCAGUCGUACCGGAAAAUUCAGGCGGUUAUUGGCAUCUGUCAUUGUCCGUCUUCUCCGGAUCUGGAAAAUGUUAUGUUGCAGUUUGUUGAGGCGUGUAAAGGAUAUGGCUCUUCGUUUGUUCAACGCUGUUUCGCUUUUUCUCCUGCUGAUUCUCAGCUAGAGAAAGAAAGUAAUAAACCAAACAAACUGGUUUUAUUUCCUCCUGCUGAUCAAAGAACUCAAGAAUUCCACUUGCAAACAAUGAUGCAAGAUAUUGCUGCUUCGCUUUUAAUGGAAUUCGAAAAAUGGGUCCUACAAGCAGAAUCCGGUGGAACCCUUCUGAAGACGCCUUUAGAUUCUCAAGCCAGUCUAAGUGCAGAGGAGCAAUUUUUCCAGGCAAUCAAAGCCAAAAAAAGGAAAAAUGCCCGGGCCCAGAAAGCCAUAGGGGAUUAUUGUCUACUUGCUGGAUCACCAGUUGACGCUAAUGCCCAUUAUUGUACUGCUUUAGAACUUUCUAGAAUGGUUGGCGAUUAUUUCUGGUAUGCCGGAGCAUUAGAAGGUGGCGUUUGUGCUUUCUUUAUGGGUAAAGCUGGGCAGAAAGAUCCUGCUUUAGUGGAAGAGGUCAAGUAUCGAUACAACGGUGUCAUCAUGCAUUAUCGCAAGUCAAUCAUGCAUGAAAGUGAUCAGAGGGUUUCACCUCUUAGCUUUGAACUUGAAGCUACAUUGAAGUUAGCAAGAUUUCUCUGCAGACCGGAAAUGGUUAAGGAGGUAGUUGACUUGUUGACCAAUGCCUCAGAUGGAGCAAAAUCUUUGAUCGAUCCAAACGAUAGACUGAUAUUGUACGUUGAAAUAGCUCGUUUAUUCGGAAAUCUCGGUUACCACAGAAAAGCUGCAUUUUUCUCCAGACAGGUAGCGAAAUUGUAUCUGCAACGACAAGAUAAUUUAGCUGCUUCUAGUGCCUUACAAGUAUUGGCAAUCACUACAAAAGCGUAUCGCGUUCAAAGCAAAGCUACCAUUCCUAUGCAUAAUGUUUUCAAUGAAACUGGCAUCGAUAAUGGGAAGAUGCGUCAUCAGUUGGUGGUAUCGUUAUUCGAGUCCCAAUGGAGCACAUUGCAGAUGAUUGUUUUAAAAGAAAUACUUUUAUCCGCUGUUCGUGCUGGUGAUCCACUUGCAGCAUGGAGUGCUGCUGCCCGUUUACUAAGAUCUUAUUAUCCUUUAAUUACACCCCCUGCCCAAAUCGGACUUUCAACUGCCCUUAUUAAUUCCGCUGACCGACUUCCUUCUGGUACUCAUUGCCCUGAUCCCGCUUUACCUUUCAUAAGGUUACAUUCAUUUCCUCCUCAUUCAUCACAAACCGAUAUUAUAAAACGAAAUCCAAAACGAGACGACUGGUGGGCCGGAGCAGUUCCUUCAGGCCCAUUUAUCUACACACCAUUUACCAAAAAAGAUUCAAGCUCCACUACUAAACCCAACUUAAUCUGGGUUAUUGGGGAACCCGUACAAGUAUUAGUCGAACUAGCAAACCCGUGUGGGUUUGACUUAAUAGUCAACAGCAUUUACCUCUCAGUACAUUCCGGAAACUUUGAUGCAUUUCCCGUUACUGUUACUCUAACUUCUAACUCUUCCAAAAUACUCAGUUUAUCAGGCGUACCAACUAAAGAAGGACCCGUAAGUAUAACCGGAUGCAUUGUUCAUUGUUUCGGUGUGACUACCGAACAUCUGUUCAAAGAUGUUGACAAUUUAGUCCUUGGGGCAGCACAAGGGCUCAUUAUUUGUGACCCGUUUCGUUCUAGCGGGUCGGUGAAACUGAAGAAUAUAACUGUUCCGAAUAUUUUAAUUAUACCGCAAAUACCGUUGUUGGUUUCGCAUGUUGUUGGUGGUGAUAGUUCUAUUAUAUUAUAUGAAGGUGAAAUUCGGGAUGUGUAUAUCAAUUUGGCUAAUGCUGGUACGGUCCCCGUUGAGCAAGCGCAUAUCUUGUUAUCGGGGAAAAAUCAACAUUCGGUUAUUUCCGUUGGUUUUGAAAAUUUGAAAUCUGCGUUACCGUUAAAACCUGGUGCUGAAGUGAUUAUUCCAGUGACGUUGAAAGCAUGGGAAAUUGGAUCAGAUGCAAGUAGCCCCAUGUUAUAUAUUUAUUAUGCCGGGCCUAGUGGAAACAAUGGAGAGCCUCCACCAGACAGUAAUACCGUGCCGCCAGGUCGCCGCCUAGUCACCCCGCUAAACAUCUGUGUGCAGCAGGGGUUAUCGUUCAUGAAAGUCCGUUUGCUGAAAAUGGAAAUCCCUGCUCAAAUUUCCGAAAAUGUGUUAGAUAAAAAAACAGAUAAGUUGGUGAAAACCGACCCGUUUGGCGGAAGGUGGGGCCUACGGUUUCUCGAAUUUGAAUUACAUAAUCCGUCUGAUGUCGUGUUUGAGGUCAGUGUCUCUGUCCAGCUGGAAAAAACAAAUGACGAAAACUAUUCAGAAUUCACGUACCCGAAAACAAGAAUAGACAGAGAUUACACUUCUCGAGUGCUCAUACCGUUGGAGCAUUUCAAGUUACCUGUUCUUGAAGGUUCAGUGUUAAUUAACAACAAUUCACAAUCGAGUUCGAAAUCUGAACUUAAUGCGUUAGUUAAGGAUAUGAUUUCGAAGAUUAAGGUGAGGUGGCAGUCGGGCCGAAACAGCUCAGGAGAAUUGCAUAUCAAAGAUGCCACACAAGCAGCCCUUCAGUCAUCAGUAAUGGAAGUUUUGCUACCCGACCCGUUGACCUUUUGUUUUAAGCUUGCUAAAGAAGUUGACUUUGAAGAUUCGGUCAAAGAAAUGAACGGUUAUGUUCUCGCUAAUUACAUGACCGCUAUGGAAGUUAAAGUUAGGAAUAACACUAAGGAUUCGAUUAGAAUGAGUCUUACUGUUACAUGUAGAGAUGUAACAGGUGAAAACUGCAUUGAAGGCCACAAUCCUACGGUGUUAUGGGCAGGUACUUUAAAUGGUGUAAAGGUGGAAAUUCCUCCUCUCAAGGAAAUCAAACAUCCAUUUUCUCUUUAUUUUCUGGUUCCUGGCGAAUACACAUUGUUGGCGGCUGCAAUGAUAGAUGACCCGAAUGACAUUCUGCGGGCUCGGGCUCAUUCUGCUUCUCCUGACGAGCCCGUUUUCUGCAGGGGGCCACCUUAUCAUGUGCGAGUGCAUGGUGUCGUCUAAAGGCUUUACAUUUCCAUAACUACAUUCAUCAUUCAUGUGUCAAAUCUUUGGUUGCUUGUAAUUUUACCAUAAACCGAUUCGGUUGGUGCAAUAAAGGGACUGCAAGAUGGAAGAAUAAAAAGAGAAAUUUUUGUUU